AACAUUUUUAUUAGAUUAACAUGUUCAUCCCACAACAAACACAAAAAAUGAAUUUCACCUGCGAUAUGAUGUGCAAUGGACAGUUUAUUCCAGUAGAUGUCAAUAUUGUUCCAAUUUACUGUGUUAAAAAACAUGAUUCAGACAUUUUCAUAUCAGACUGAAGAUGUUCUGUUUUUCGAAGCUGAACUCAAGUUUCUCACAGCGGUGUUGAAUACAGUUGAGCAGUUUGCAUAAAGAGCCAGAAUGCUCCUAAAUAAACCCUGUAUCCCAGAAUGCCUUGACGUCCAUUAUAGAUUCCAUCCUUUUAGCUUCCUGUCACAUUUUCAUUCCUCGUUCUGCAUAUUUGCAGUGGCUCACCCUUAUUUGGUUGUCUGCUUCAAUUACAGUGUUCCAGUGCUAUUUCACGAUCUGAUAAUGCAAUUUAUCAAAUCGUGUACAGGGAUGGAAAUAAGACUCCUAUUGCAUAGCAGUUUCACCCAUUCCAGGUUUUACAAUCAGCUUGAUUAGACACAGUGUGCACAGGUAACAAUCUCAGGUGUGUCUUAUUAAACUCAUAGUAAAACCAGGAAUGGAUCAAACUGCUGUGCAAUGGGGAGUCUUAUUUCCAUCCCUGGUGUACCUGCACCCUAGUGUUUUUAGUUUUCUUCAUUGAGUUCCCAUGUUUAAACUACACAUUUACUAUGCCUGCUAUGGUUUUCACCCUGGUUUACCACGUGUGCACUGCUAUGUUGCUAACACUUUGCUGUGCCGUCACCACGGUAUACCACAGUAAACUCUCAUAGGGGAGCAAACGUUGAUUAAAAGAAAUGGAUAGGCUCACAACUGGGUACCGUACCUACACUUGACCACAUAUGUAUGUUUAUCUCUACCUUAGCCAUGCCUUGGCAAAUCUGGACAGUAACAGUCUUGCCUAUACUGCUGUGGUUUCUCAUUAUAAGCCGAUCUCUGAUUAGUUAAACAGCGCUGGUGGGCAGUUUUGUGGUCGCGAGGUUGCUAUAAGUUCAUUCCCUGCAUAACACUUUGCAGUUGACUUGGUUGCAUGACAGCAGUUGCUAGCACCACAAUGAAGGUCUUUUUCUUGAUGGGGAUUUUUGCUGUAUCUAUCGGGGCUGCAGGUACUUCUAGGAUCGUUGGGGGUCAGGAGGCUGCACCCCACAGCCGCCCCUAUAUGGUCUACUUGCUAAUGAUGGGAAAGGACACUGGAAAGACAAAGUGUGGAGGGAUUCUAAUUCGGGAGGACUUUGUCUUGACUGCAGCGCACUGCAAUGCAGAAGAGAUCACUGCUAUUCUUGGUGCUCAUAACAUCAUGUCUUCAGAGAACUCUCAGCAGGUCAUUAAGGUGGUGAAGGCCAUUCCUUUUCCAGCCUAUUGUAAAAGAGGCCCUAAUGAUGACAUCAUGUUGUUGAAGCUGGAGAAAAAUGCCACUCUAAAUGAGAAGGUGGCGAUUCUGCCGCUGUCCCAGAAUGAGGAUAGCAUCAAGGUUGGCACCACCUGCUCCACAGCUGGCUGGGGCUUGAUGGAGUCAGAAGGGAUUCAUGUGGUUUCUAAACUGCAAGAGGUCAACAUGACGGUGUUCAGACGGAUGUGCGCUGCGAAAUGGGGAGCAAUGUUCACCGAAUACAUGAUCUGUGCAAGCAGUCCCAUGGAAGGCGGAUGUAAUGGGGACUCUGGGGGUCCCUUGGUGUGCGAUGGCGUGGCUCAAGGUGUCCUCUCGUUUAGCAGCGAGCCGUGUGGAUACUUCCCCACGGUCUUCAUGAAGAUUUCCAUGUACGUUGACUGGAUCACCAGAGAGAUGGGCAGACACUGAGGCUUCCCUUGGCAUUGUGGGGACCAGUUUAUACUGCAGAACCAUUAGCGCAGCUUGGCAGCACCACACAUUUCAGAUAUUGUACAUGAUUUGGAAGCAAUGGGUUUCCCAGCCAUGUGCAUUACAUGCCCAUUAUCAUAACAUUGGAAUGUGGAAAUAUGAAAAUGUUCCCACUGUUGUGCCAAUGGCAGCCUCAUAGUGUUGUAGCCCCUCAGCACAGGACCAUUGCAUUGCCAUUGCACUACCAUUACUGCAUUACCAUUGGUGAUAAUGUAUCAUGGGUGUAUUUUAGCUCUGUGGUGCAUUGGGUCUCAUCUUAAACCAGAAUCUGGAUCAUUUACCAUUUAGCAUCAUAUACAGAGUUGCACUUCAUGCUUGGCUGAUUCACACAUUGGAAAUGUGACAAAAACGUGUUAGAAAAUCCUAUAAAAAGACACACGCUUCCUGUAGAUCAUCAUUACCGCUUCAGCAUUGCUCCUAAUUAGAUUUGCUUGUAAGAAGCCCUGGGCCGCGGUGUGGGUGGCAGUCCCUCUGCAUUUGAGCACUGCUUCUUUGUGAAUACAGAAUUUCACUAUUGAAUUUCUCAUCCCCUUUUUGCAGAGUGUGAUACAGCUUUUGCUCGUGCUAUGUUGUGAUUUUUCUUUUAUCGAUCCCUAAUGUUGUUCAGUGUUUAAAGCUUUGUGACACAUCCUGAGAUGCCCAAUAAUAAACAAUUGCCUCAAGCAG